AUGUUCUCCAACCUGUCCAACAUCGUCCAGCGAGCCCAGCAGCUCAUCGAUCCCACCCAGGGACUCAACCUCUCCAACUCGGAUCGCAAUCCCUCCAAGGCCUCGCUGUUCCAGAGCCAGUUCCGCCUCCCCUCCUCCCAGACGCCCCUGUACGAGAUCAAUGCCGAGUUGACCAUCCCGCCGUCCAACUCGACGCGCGGCGAUCCGGACCACGACAGGGGGUGGCACUACGCUGGAAAGCUGCACCUCUCCGAGGCUUUCCUAUGCUUCUCGACAACGCCCACGAGCUUCGCCCCCUCGGCCAGCACAUCGGCGUCUUCCGCCUUCACUGGCCAGACCAAUGGCAGCGGCCCCAGCGGCAGUGGCUUCACAUGGCCACUCUGCGCUAUCAGGCGGGUAGAGAGACUCAACAGCCAAAACUUUCAGUUCGCUCUCGCGAUAACUACCUGGAAUGGCUUGCUGGCCGACGUUGCCAAGCCCAAGGACACCAACAAUAGCAGCACCAACAAGGACGUCCGGGAACAGCGCAUCACGAUCCACCUUGCCGGCACCCGGCAGGCUUGUGAAAGGUUCUGCGAUGGCCUAAAGCGAGGGCUGAGGGCCGGCGUCGGCAACGUGGGCAAGCUGCGCAAGGUGGUGGCCGAGUGCUACUCCGAGCAUCUCUUACGGACCGACGACCGGGCGGGCGUGUCGCCGCCGGAUGCAGGACUGGGCAUGAUCUUUCGGUAUCCCGGAGACCCAAAGAAGCUCCGAGACAGGGCCAAGAUGAGGCUCUGGGCCGAAUACCUUCGUGACAACGGCCGGAAUAUGAUGUUGAUUCGCCAACCCACGUUUCAUAAGCUCAUUCGCGUCGGUCUCCCCAACCGGCUACGAGGCGAGAUAUGGGAGGUGACCUCUGGGUCUUUAUACCUACGACUCGAGAACCCAACACUAUACACUGAUACUCUAGCCAAGUUUAAGGGCCAGGAGUCGCUUGCCAUUGAUGAAAUUGAAAAGGACCUCAAUCGCAGCUUGCCCGAGUACCCUGGGUACCAGAGCGAGGAGGGCAUUGGCAGGCUGCGCCGCGUUCUCACGGCCUACAGCUGGGUUAACGCAGACGUGGGCUACUGCCAAGCCAUGAAUAUCGUUGUGGCGGCGCUGCUCAUUUACAUGUCCGAGUCGCAGGCCUUCUUUCUCCUCUCCGCCCUGUGCGAUCGUCUGGUCCCCGGCUACUACUCCACAACCAUGUACGGCACUCUCUUGGACCAGAAGGUGUUUGAGUCGUUGGUUGAAAAGACAAUGCCCAUCUUGUGGGACCACCUCGUCAAGAGCGACGUCCAGCUGUCCGUCGUGUCUCUACCUUGGUUUCUCUCCCUGUACAUCAAUUCCAUGCCCCUGGUGUUUGCUUUCCGUGUCCUGGACGUCUUUUUCGUCGAGGGGCCCAAGGUGCUGUUCCAAGUUGGCCUUGCCAUCCUUCGGAUCAAUGGUGAGGAGCUGCUGGAUGCGGCCGAUGACGGCGCCUUCAUUUCCGUCCUCAAGUCCUACUUUGCCAGGCUUGACGAAUCCGCACAUCCAAAGUCAGAGAACCCCAAGCUUAGAGCGGUGACGAGAUUCCAGGAACUCAUGGUGGUUGCCUUCAAGGAGUUUGCUGGCGUCACCCACAGCAGCAUCACGGAGUUGCGGCUGAAGAAGAAGGAUGCCGUUUUGAGCAACAUCGAGAGCUUUGCCAAGAGAACGGCCAUUCGCAAUCUGGGGCCUGACAGCAAGCUUCUGAGUCCGGAGGAGCUCGGUUCGCUGUACGACCGCUUCUACAAUGUCCUAUACGAGCGACAGCAACGGGGCAGGAUGAUUCAGGAGGAACUGCAGCGACAGGCAAAGAGCAGCAGGCUACGUGGCUCUGACAACUACCCCACGGCUGCGCCCAACGAGGUCGAAAAGGGCCGCGUCGGCCUUGGACCGAGCACCAGCUUGAUGGACUACGAUGCCUUCCGUGAAUUCCUGGCUGGCAUGUCGAGAUGGGCCAUCUCAGACGCGUCCGCCAACGCUUCCGAGAACAAGCCCUACGGUACCAGGAAGACUUCCAAUGCCCUGUCGCCAUGGGGAAACGGGCCCGAGCCUGCAGAGCAUGAGUUUCUGCAGCGUCUCUUCAAGAAGUGGGACGUCGACGGCGCAUCGGCAUUGACACUCCAGAAUGUGGUUACGGGCCUCGCUGGGAUCAAGGGCAAGCGAGACAUCAUGGGCACAAUCACAUACUUCUUUGAGCUAUACGACGAUGACAACGACGGAAAGGUGGACCGAGAGGGCAUCUUGCGCAUUUCCGAGGCGCUGCUCUUCCUAUCACGCCGCGGUCUGGAGGGCUCGCUGAGCCCUGGAGCCUCGACCGUCGGCCUUAACGGCGAUGCCACGAGUGCCAACGACUCGCAGUCCAGUCUGCCCGCCGACAUCUCCAACGCUGAGCGGUUCUUGGGAAGCGUCAGUGCGUUCAUCAGGCGAUGCUUUGAGUACGCCGAUCCCGACCACCCAAAGAACCAAGACGGCGCUGUCUUUGACACACUGGGAUCCAACGACGAAAUGGUUGACCCCAAUGCUUUUGCGAUCGGAGAUGACGAAGAUGAGGAGGAAGACGACGAAGACCUCCUGACCAUGGAAUCAUCACCUACCGCCACUCCCACGAAAGCCAAGAAGCCCUCUGACUUGCUGAGUCCGGAUGACCAGAGCUUGUCCAGUCACAGCGGCGACAACGAGUCCCGUCGCCGUGUGUCAAAGGCCAAGGCCGAGGCGGCCAAUGCUGCGCUUGACCCAGCUCAUCCCCUGCACAUCACUUUACCGACGUUCCGGAUGGUCGUACUAGCAGACGAGCUUCUCGAACAGUUCUUUGAGUCAUCCUUCCCAGCGUCUCUCCACAUUGUCGAAGGCCUCCAGAGCGCCAGCAGCUCCUCGUACGCCUCCUCUCUUACCACAUUCUCCAACUUGGGCUUCAAUACGCGAUCACAGACACAGGCCCCCUCCGGACCCAUGGGCGGCGGCCGUGGCUUGCGCGGCGUCUUGGACAACAUCGUCACCGACGGAAUGCGCGUGGCAAGCGAGGUGCGGAGGCGGAUGGAGGAGGCCCAGAGGGAGCUCGAGAAGAACGCUUUGCCCAGCCAGCGGACGGAGGAGGACGAAGAAGACGAUGACGACGUGGGCGUUGCCAUUGGCGUCAGGAGGGGUACGGGAGGCGCCAGCGCCGAUAUCGAACGCCGGUCCGUCAUGAGCGCAGACCGCGACCUCUUGGACGGGGUAGACGCGGAAGUGGGCUCAGGGGCGCCUGCGAAAGAAGCAGGACAGAGUUCCAACUUAUUAGAGGUUGACGCAGCGGCCGGAAGACGCCGAGCAAAUAGCGCAUCGACAACAGGGGGGCCGGGCGUCUUAGAAUUCGAAGGGUAA